AUGAGUCUUUCCGGGGCGUUUUCUCCAGGGGUUGAGUUGGAGACGGCGCUGAAUGCAGUGGCAGUGGCGGACUCAAAUUUCGAUCCACCAGACAGUGAUCAACUGCAAGAAGUUGAAACCAAUGUUACCGACGAGGCAGCACUCAAUGCAAGCGAUUCUCAACUAACUGAAGUGGAUGAUCGCUCCAACGAUGAAGGGGACAGCACCGUUGAUCGUGGUGACGAAUGUGAAGCCCCGAAAGAUGUGCGGAACAAGGACGAAGAUGGAUCCACCGACAAUGGCGAAGUCAUUCAAUCUGCGCCGACAAAUGGAGUAGCUAACGCUUCCAAUAUUCCUGGUGAGUCUGAUGAAAAGUCGGUUGUAGCGGAACCCGAACACGCAGAGGAAGUUGUUGCUAGCGAGGGAAACGAGGGAGAGAGGGCCGGCACUCCGAAUGAGGACAAGUCGUCACUACCAUCAUUUGAGCAAGACCAAGCACAGCAGCCUCACUCCGAUGAAGAACAAGACGAAGCUUACGACGGCGACAAUUUCGACGACUAUGGUCUUCCGUCCGCCCGAGCAACAGACGAGCAGCCCCACGUGAACGACAAGCACGAAGUCAGCGGAUACGGCAGUGAGUUCGAAGAGGAACCAGCCGUCAACCCUUCGAGCGUUGCUCUCACUCCCAGCCCUGAAGGCAAUCAAGACCAAGGCAACGACGAAGACGAGGAAUACUCCAACGACGACUUUGCGGACUAA